GAAGAAGUCCUCAUGCUGUGCAUCCCACAUUAGUCGUUGUUUACCACUCUUCACUACUCUCUUUCAAGUUUCUUCUCGUCGCAGGCCGACAUCUUAAUUAUUGUUCCCACCAAAGCCCAUUUGCAACUCAUAUCAGUCAAGAUGCGUUUCUCUAUCUUCACCUUGGUCGCCCUUGUCUCGGCUUCUUCAGCUUCACUUGUCCGCCGAGUCGAUGUCAAUGUUCCGGCCAUGACAAACGCAGAUGGAGUCGUUGUGCCAUUCGACACAGCCGGCGUCGUCCAGCCAGCUAAGAAGCGAGAUCUCGAGCAGAAGAAGAGAGACCUCGCCCAGAGGAAGCGACACAUCUCUCGCAAGAGACGCGCGGUUUCUCAGGAGAAGCAGAAGCAGCAGCAGAAGCAAUAAUCAGAGAAACUGCAGAGCUGGAACCCAUAAUGAAGUCACUGACGG